UUAUGCAUAUCGCUGCUGCAAUGUAACAGAAGUAAUAAAUGCUUUUGUCAAGAUGUCGCUGACAAGCAUAUUACCAGCGCCCACACAACCUGUGUGGGACAGGGAUGAAGAACGAGCCAAACAGAAAAUACCUGCGGCAGCUCUAGUCGUCGCCAGUCCAACUGCACCUCCAUACGGACAGAGAAGAGGAUGGAUUCCAAGAUCUUUAGAGGAUUUUGGAGAUGGAGGAGCAUUUCCAGAAAUUCCAGUUGCACAGUAUCCCUUAAAUAUGGGAAGAGAAGGAAAAGAAAGCACCUCAAAUGCCUUAGCUGUACAACUAGAUGCCCAAGGAAAAGUUAAAUAUGACGUAAUAGCAAGGCAAGGCCAUUCCAAAGACAAGAUUAUUUAUUCAAAAUUAACAGAUCUGCUCCCUGCAGAAGUUGUUGCAGAAGACGACCCAAGCCUGGAGCGACCUAAUGACGACGAGAUACGGGAAACAACAGAAAAAACUAGGCUCGCUCUUGAAAGACUCACUCACACGAAGAUAGCAGCUGCAAUGCCCGUUAGAUGUGCAGAGAAGACAGGACCAGCCCAAUACAUUCGUUAUACUCCUUCACAACAAGGCGCUGCAUUCAAUUCAGGAGCUAAACAGCGUGUGAUUCGAAUGGUAGAAGCACAGAGAGACCCAAUUGAGCCACCAAAGUUCAAGAUCAAUAAGAAAAUACCAAGAGGGCCUCCUUCACCACCUGCACCCGUAAUGCAUUCUCCUACAAGAAAGGUGACUGUAAAGGAACAGAAGGAGUGGAAAAUACCACCGUGCAUAUCUAAUUGGAAAAAUGCAAAAGGCUACACAAUUCCACUUGAUAAACGUUUAGCCGCAGAUGGUCGUGGACUUCAACAAACACACAUUAAUGAGAACUUUGCCAAGCUAGCUGAGGCCUUGUACAUUGCAGACAGGAAGGCUCGUGAAGCUGUGGAGAUGCGAGCACAAUUGGAGAAAAAGCUUGCACAAAAAGAAAAGGAGAAAAAGGAAGAGCACUUGAGACAGUUGGCUCAGAAGGCACGUGAAGAACGAGCCGGAAUCAGAACACAGGCAGCGGCAGAAAAAGAUGAGGAGGCGAGGGAACGUGACCAAAUGCGUUAUGAAAGGCACAAGGAUCGCCAGCGGGAAAAGAACAUUGCAAGAGCUGCACCUGACAAAAGAACGAAACUUCAACGAGAACGUGAAAGAGAUAUAAGUGAACAAAUUGCCCUUGGUUUGCCAGCAAAAACCAUCUCUGGAGGUGAAGUACAAUUUGACCAACGUUUAUUCAACACAUCCAAAGGAAUGGAUUCAGGUUAUGGAGAUGAAGAGAGUUAUAAUGUGUAUGACAAACCAUGGCGUGAUACUGGAAAUCUUGGUUCACAUAUUUAUCGCCCCAGUAGAAAUCUGGACAAAGAUGUGUAUGGUGAUGACUUAGAUAAAUUGAUCAAGACAAAUAGAUUUGUGCCAGAUAAAGAAUUCAGUGGUACUGACCGCAAUGCAACAAGAAGUGGACCUGUACAAUUUGAGAAAGAAGAGGAAGAUCCAUUCGGUCUGGAUCAGUUUCUUACACAGGCUAAAAGAGCCAGUAAACGUCCAAAAGAAGACAGAGAUCGUAGGGAUGACAGGGAUAAAAGAAAACGAAGGGAUUAACUCCAGUGAACACAAUACAGAUAUCAAGUAUAGAUGUGGAUGACUGUAGCAAGUGUUAACAGUGCAUGAAAUGUAACUUUGUGGACAUAUUUGUUAGUGAUUUGGUGUACUCUGUGACAUUAUAAUUUGAUUUCAGUUAUUUCUUAUGAUGCAGAUUUCCUUAAAUUUCAUCUGAGUUGUUAACAGUGUAAUCAUUGUGGCUGCUGUACAUAUCACCAAUAUAUGAAUAGUCCAAAUGAUCACAGACUAAUAUGAAAAAUAUUUUUUAAUAAUAGAUAACAAAGCUAUUGUGUUCAAACAGCAAUAACAUUUUGUUUCAGUUACAGAUUAGUGUAGCACCUGUACAUAAAACUAUUCGUGGAAGCUAAUGGUAUAUUAGCUACCCAAAUAUGGCAGAUUUGAUGCAAAUGUCAUUGUAUGAAACUAAAAUUUUCAACUUUCAUAUAUGUUAUGAAUCAUACUGCAUUGUACAUUGUACAAAUACACUAAAAUGUGUAUUAUGUGCAAAGUAUCUUAAGUAUAUAAAAAAAGGUUCAAGUAAACAAGUGUGCACAAAUAGCAGAAUAUUACCUGCCAGGUAAGGCUACUCUAGUUGACAUGUGGAAAGAAAUUGCGAAACUUUGUGUUCAAAAUGAAUGAUAUUCGACAACAGACAGUUACAGAGUUAAUUAGUGUAGGGUUUGGCAAUUAUUGAAAAUGCCAUGAUUACUAUUAUGUAUUCUUCUAGAAGUUGCUAAUGUUUGCACAUAAUUUAGUGACUGCUGGAGGCCAGCUUGUGACUGCAAAUGUUUAUGUUAACAGAUCUAUCUUCAUCCACCUCCCACAGUUGUCUUUUAAAGAAGCGUUUAGUAGCCAUAAAUUUGUGCAAGUUAUGAAAUAUAACAACAUUGAUAUCUUUUUACAUGUUUAAUGAAUUAUUUGCUGAAGUUACUGACUGAUGUGUAAUAUGACCACUUGUCCCAUUUUUAAGAUGUUUUGAUUUAUGACAUCAAGUGAAUUUAUUUACAGCAGCAGUCAUGUUGUGGAGAGGUAUUUGAAGCAAUAAUGAUGUACAUAUGCCUUUCUUGAACAUCACAAAAUUCCUGCAAAAUGUUUCUUGGAGAAGCUGUGGUGCAUAUGGUCAAAAUAAUACCAAGUUGAUCAUCUAGAAAUGAGCUAUUCCCAGAUGAUUUGCCAUAAUGAAACCUUUGACGUGUUAGCUGGGAUUUGCAUGUGUCUGCUGAUUGUGAUACUUAUUCCCUGGGGAAAUUGCCCUUGCUAGGCUGGGUUCCCUUUACCAACAUGCAGCUCAGGCCAAAUAUACAGUGUUCAUGUUUCAUUUGUGUGAACCCCAAAUAUGUAUUAGUACACAUACUGGAACAAAACUCUUAGGUGUUACUUUGAUAAUGUUGUUUCUUAGCUCAGCUACACAGAGUGACUGAAGACUUGUUCUGCAUGUACUUUCCACCUUUACUCAGAAAACUUGAUACUUCUUAACACUACAACAAUUGCACCAGUUUUCCUUCAUGUGUUGUGAACCAUUUGAUAAUGCCAUUUUGAUUUGAAUCACCCUGUCAGUCACAAAGUUACUUUAAUUUCAUCAUAUAUUAUGCUAACUACUUGUAGUUGUCUGGUUUGUGGCAUUUUGUUUUGCACAACACUAUAUGGGGUAGAACAGACUGAUAUGUGUAGUUUGAGACAAAGAUAAAAACAAUUAAGAAUGCUACAGGAGAAAAAAUAAACAUAACACUCUACCACCUCGUUUACAAGUUAAUGUGAAGGUGUAAGCACAUAUAAGUUUAAAAUAAUGUAUCAGAUGAUAAAACAUUCUUGAGUUUCCAACCAUGUAAACUGGUUAAAAAUCUGUGAACUUUCAGCAAAGUACUCCUCAGCAUUUGUCAAGUGGUGACUGUAGUGUGACUGCUGCUGCUGUUCUUAAACAGCCACACUAUUAUUUGUGACGUCAUAUGGUGCCCAGCCCAACACCAUAUAAAGUAUUGUGUUGCAGGUCCAUCAUGCCCACUUCAAUCUUCCAGUAGCCGGAUCUCAAACUCUGCUUAACUAUAGAUCACCAUCUUUAUUGAGGGUGUUUCCAGAAGUUUUAGGUGUAUCACUUCAUUUAUUGCUAUUCCAGAAACUAUUUGUCCAUUCAAUAAUAGAUGUCUCAUCAAAAGAAAUUGAGUGUCCGUUUUCCAGAGUGUGUUCUGCUAUCAACGACUUCUCAGAAUAUCAUAAGUGCAAACCACUUCAUGUUCUAUAAGGUACUUUUCAAUAACACACAUAGUAUGUCCAGUGUAAAACUGUCCAACAUACAUGGUGUUUUGUACACCACUGCCAUUCAGAUCAUCAUAAUCAUCAUUCAUGAACCUAAUGAGUUAGUUUUGCGAGAGGCCUGAAGACUGAAUCAGUUUUAUAUCUCUGUAGGAGCGUACUAAUCUUUCCUGGGCCACAGAAUGGCUGAAAUCCAAGCUUCUACGCGUUCUCCAUGGGGACCUUCUUUUUAAGUGCCUUUGAUGAAAUGGCUUAUGCAAUUUGUCAGUUGUUGUAGCUAUUUUUCUUUCAACACUUUCUGUAAGUGGUUCAAUUUCUUCAGCAGGUUUUCAGCUACUGAAAUUAGUUUAUUCAAUGCACCAAGGCCCUAAGAGCAGAACAUUUCUGUGUAGGGCGGUGGUAGCUAGUAUAGAGCAAAUACUGGCCAGUGUGGGUGGGUUUCCAGUAAACACUGUGGCUGAGAAACCCAUUUGGUUUUCAGCAGACAAGAAUUUCAACGAACAGCAAGUAACUCUGUCUCUGACCUCCACCAUGAACUUGAUGUCAUGGAGGAUGCUGCUGUUGUACUAGAACUCUCCCAGUUUUUCAUGUCCAUGAGGCCAGACAGCGUAUGUGCUGUCAGCGUAAUGAUAAAAGCAUGUAGGCUUCACAGUAGCCAUGUCCAAGUGAUGUCUUCCAUGAACUGGUUGGUUAUAACUGCAACUAAUGGGCUCCCCAUUAAGACACUUCUGUAUGAUUAAAAUAUUGUCCACCAUCCAAAAAAUACAAUGAUGGAAGAGUGUGCCCAGACUUCAGCACAACUUAUAGCUUACAGUCCAUUCUCAUCUCAUAUCCACACAUAAUGUAGAGAGCUGCCCACUUCCCAGAACAUUGAAUGCAAAUAUGGUAUGCUGUGUUUGAACUGAUUUAUUACUAGCCACACAGAAAGGUGUGCCCCCAAUACUAGAGGAACUCUGUGUUAUGGGGGAGCAGUCACUUCUUUAUUCAGAGUGAUUGUGACAUCUUUCAGUCUGAGUUUUUUUCUCUUCAGUAUAACAGUAUGCUGCAAAACAUCAUACCAUGCUACAAAGACUCUUAGUUAACAUCUGUGCAUGUCCAACCUGCUAAAUCUUUUUCUUGUUUUGUAUUGCACUGGAAGUCAGUGGUGUGGCACUCUCCCACCCUUUUUUUCCUGUGCCUUAAAGGUAGGUAUUUUCUUGUCCACAUCUAAUAUAAGUUGGACAUUAGUUCCAAAUCUUUCCACUUACAAACACAGAGUGCCUGAAGGUCCCUAAGAUAUAUAUACUCAAUGCUUCAGUAUCCCAUAAUCAUAUGGGGUUAAGCAUUUAUCAGCAUUCAUAACUAAGUUGAAGUCUGAGCUACAGUUCUAAAAGAACAUUAAAGGAGGAGAACUGCAUUUAGCUACUCAUAUACUUUGCUGUAAGGCGUUGGCACACCUUGUCACAAAUGCGAAAUAUUGUAAAAUGCCUUACAAUACAUUAUGAUACAUAAUUUUUACACCCUAGUAAACACUCUUUAAGUGUUCAUUUUUACAAUUAACUUCAGCCUACGUAGAGUACACUUACAGUAAGUUCUGUGUGUUUUGCUCUUGGUACUAUUUGUAAUGCAGGUAAGUUUGUGACAAGCUUAAAAUAGGAACCUGAAGGACAUACUUAAUCUUCUGUGUGUUUCAGCCAUUAAAGUAUUGCAGAACUGGUAUGCGUAGAAACCUGUCAAGAUUAUCUACAUCUUUUUUUCUGGAAGUUGUGAUAUGCUGCGGUGUAGUAGUUUUGAAUGUUGUUAUUGCAGUUGUAAUAAAGAAGGAGCUGCACUAAAACAAUUAUGUGCCAAUGGCACAGAAAAAGAGCCAUUGAGAGCUGCAAUUUGUUACUAGUUUCUGUCUUAAUGUGUCCAGAAAUGCCACUGCUUUGGAGAAUGAACAAAAAUUUAGAGACAAUGAGAUCUGGUAAAGUCUGAGAGCAGAGAGGUAAAAAUGUAAGACAGGACUAGCAUUCAAAGGAUUAAGUUCAAUUAGAUUAUUUAGCUGCCUAGUGGUCAUGGAAAAAUGUCAGAAAUGAUGUAGAAUGACAAAUAGCAGAUAACCACUAUGUUUAAGCCAAAGGCAAAGUCCAGAUGGAAUCAAUCAUUGUUUGAUUCAUCUAGGAAAUCGUCUUAAUAAAGAAGGCCAUAUUAGGAUUACUGUACAUCAUUACACUAAUGUAGCUUGUUAUGUUUAUGGAAAGUCUCCUCACAUUAGAAGAUAAUGUUGUCUUUGGUAUUAUCUAAAAGCUCUAAAUGAAGUGUUCUGUUGAUCAUGUAUGUACAUUGAUCGAAAAAAUUAUUCUGGGGACUGGAUCAUUCAUACAUUGAUGUGAAAGGUAUGUUGCUUCUCACUGAGUGAUAUAAAAUGUUGCUUGCAAGAUAUGCUACUAAUGUAUUCAUAAAAGUCAUAGCAGCAUCACCCACUGUUUUUACUAGCUUUUAAAAAGAGGAAGCAUGCUUACAAACAGAACUGCAAAAUAACUAUGGAUAUAAGAGAAACACCUCAUACAUUUUUUUUUUAAAUGUGUGUAAGAAAUUGUGCUUUUGCAAUAUCAGCACAAAAAAUUAAAGAACAGAUAUAAUAUCUGUAGGUGCAGAAUUACUUGCUUAAUAUGGAUAGAUUACUGGACAGUGUACUUUCACAUGGCUUAAUAUCUUCAUUCUCACCUAUUAGUAAGAGGUCGUGUGCAUAAUGGAUUAAUAGCUGACAUACGGUGGACAUACAAAUUAAGCAGAAUAGGAGCCAAGACAUCCUUGAGACAGUCCAUGGUUUAGGAUUCUCCAUCUGCUUGCUUUUACGUUCAGAGAAAAUGAAAAAUGUUGAUCUGGGAGCACGUGGAUUAGUAAACAUGCUAGCUUCUGAUGUGGAAUUACUUCAUCAAACUUGAACAUCAGGCUUUAUUCAUCAUAAGCUGCCCUUAGAUCCAUGGAAGCGCUGCAGCCGGUUUGAUGCCUUUCUGAAAUCCAUGUUCAACAAAUGAUUUAAGUGUUAACAGUUGAUCACAGCAAUUCAGAUUUUCUGCUUGAUUGAGGUUUUUUUUUUAUCAAUAGCCUCUCAGAUGUGAUUGAGAAUUGGCUUCUCCAGUGAUUUAUACAUCAUGCCAAGUAGUGGGACAGGUUGAUAUGUAGCCACUUCAAUUCCUUUUUUGCCUCAUUUCAAAACUAUGCCAGCUGCAGCUGUCUCAAGUAUUUUUAGUAGUUUCCCACGUAAUAUUGAUUGAUGAUGCUGUAACAUCCAUAGAUAACUUGUGUAAGAUUCACUUUUCCUCAAUUAAUUAGACUUAAACCAAUAAUAAACUUUUUUCUGACAUAGCAUGAGCUUCACCUCUGGUAGUAGUUCACAUACCUGAGUAAUGGCAAACUGCUUGGUUCCACAUUUAAGUACAAGUUCUCUCCUUAACUUAGGGUGAAUUUGCAGAUUGAAGGAAAACAAAGGCACAGUGCAUUCAAUAGGACCAGGUCUAGUGCAAUAUUGUGACAAUCAGACCAACCUUCAGGUUGUUGUUGCUUUAUUUGUCUGAUCGUAAUGAUAACAAUAAAUCAUUUUGAUCAGUCAGACAUUGCUAAUUAAAGGUUAAACUGUUUCACAGAACUGUAAAUGGUAUCAAAGUGUAAAUACUUGGAUAUAUGUUACAGGAUAAUUGCUGUACAAAUCACUUGCUGUAAAAAGAGUAAUGUAAUUCCUGCUUAAAUAUAUUUUUUAAAGUGCAGAGAAUACUCUUUUGUUAAAGACAGUGAAUGAAACUUACAUGUACUACCGGAUUAAGACUUUGAUGAUGUAAUCCAAGUCGGGUUAAAAUUUUGCUUUCUGAAGUGACAAUGAAAUGUUCUGUUGCCAUUUUUUUUAAUUUGGUGCCAGUGGUACAGUGGCUUUAUUUCUAUUCAUUCUGUUUAAUUAGUGAUGAAAGAUUGCUUGUCAACAUUGAUUUCUUCAAGUAGAGCAGUGUUGCUGAAUUGUAAUCAGUUGUAAAGAAUAAAGGUACUUUUAUAACAAA